AUGAGAUUAGUUGCAGGAAGGCUCAGUCAGUUUCUUCCACAAUGGAAAAAGAUCACCAGUGAUUCUUUUGUCCUAAAUUGUGUAAAAGGAUAUGAAAUUCCUUUUCUUGAAAAACCACCUUGGGCCCUGAGCUUUAAUAAAGACUUGCAUGCAUCAUAUGGUACGCUUAACUCAGAAAGAUCAGCGAUUUAUCUUAUAAGCACGAUAGACUUGGGUAGUGAUCCUUCAAUCAGUCGUUUUUUCAAAGGAGUGUUUAAGAACAGACCACCCAAGCCUAAAUAUGACACCACCUGGAACACGGAGGCAGUCUUGAACUGGAGGCCCUACCGUAGGGCAACUCCCCAAUCAAUAAGCCGCUGGAUAAGGUGCUGUCUUGUGGAAGCUGGGAUAGAUCCUAAGUACACUGCUCACAGUACCAGACACGCAGCCACGUCUGCUGCAGAGGCAAAAGGUUUAGAUGUAAGCAUCAUAAAGAGUACAGCAGGAUGGUCAGCCAGCUCACAGGUGUUCGCUAAGUUCUACAAACAUCCAAUAGAACCAAGAAGAGAGUCGUUUGUAGAGGUGCUAUUUGAUCAACAAAGUCGAUGA